AACAACGGGACGACGAAAGUCUUGUGAUGUGUCAUCCAUUCUCCUUCAGCUCCGAUCCGACGACGAAAGUGCAUAGGAAUCGCGACGUCCGUCCGUCCGAGUAGUGUUCGAUCCGAUCAUUCAGUAGAGAUCCAAGAGAGAGACCAUCCAUCAUCAUCAGCAGCAGCAGCGCGUACGCGAUCGCGGCUAUCUUGAUCCUCUUUUUUUCCCUGCAGUUUAGGUUUUUUUUUUUUCACUAGAGAGCACUUUCUUUUGCGAUCCGAUUAAAAUCCUGCACCCGCGCGCGUUGCAGUUCCGUUCGAUACACCAGGGGUGAUAAUCGGAAGUGUUGGGAUUUGUGUGCUAAGAGUGCCCUUGGGGAAAAGGAAUCCGCCCCCUGCUUUGGAGAGUGGUUUCCGUACGCGGGUGUGACUAAUCUUUUCCGUUCGGUCUGUGUGUGAAAUUAUAUAGAGCGCGGCGGAAGAAGAGAAGCAGGGAAAAUUGGAGCAAGUUGGGUGCCCCGUGCUGUGAGCUCGUGAAGUAAUAUCGUAUAGGAAAAAGAGUGAAAUCAUGUUCAGUUGGUUGAAACGGGAAACGAAAACCGAGGAGGUGGUCGAGAAUGUGCUCGGGGAGCUGAAGAAGAUCUACAAGAGCAAGCUGCUUCCGCUGGAGGAGCACUACAGUUUCCACGAUUUCCACUCGCCGAAGCUGGAGGAUCCGGAUUUCGAUGCGAAGCCGAUGAUUCUGCUGGUCGGUCAGUACUCGACCGGUAAGACGACGUUCAUUCGGUACCUGUUGGAGCGGGAUUUCCCGGGGAUUCGGAUCGGGCCGGAACCGACGACGGAUCGGUUCAUUGCGGUAAUGUACGAUGACAAGGAGGGUAUGAUUCCCGGUAAUGCUUUGGUGGUGGAUCCGAAGAAGCAGUUCCGACCGUUGGGAAAGUAUGGAAAUGCCUUCCUGAAUCGGUUCCAGUGUUCGACAGUGCCUUCGCCGGUUUUGCGAGCGAUCUCGAUUGUGGAUACUCCCGGUAUUUUGUCCGGGGAAAAGCAGCGGGUUGACCGCGGUUACGAUUUCACCGGAGUUCUGGAAUGGUUUGCAGAGCGAGUGGAUCGCAUCAUCCUGCUGUUCGAUGCCCACAAGCUGGACAUUUCGGACGAAUUCCGUCGAUCGAUUGAGGCUCUGCGCGGGCAUGAUGACAAGAUCCGGAUAGUGCUGAACAAGGCGGACAUGAUCGACCACCAGCAGCUGAUGCGAGUCUAUGGUGCUCUCAUGUGGUCUCUGGGUAAGGUCCUCCAGACCCCGGAAGUGGCUCGGGUGUACAUUGGAUCGUUCUGGGAUCAACCACUACGCUACGACGUCAACCGGCGCCUUUUCGAGGACGAAGAGCAGGACCUUUUCAGAGAUCUGCAAUCCCUUCCACGAAACGCCGCUCUCCGGAAACUGAACGACCUUAUCAAGCGAGCACGUCUGGCCAAGGUUCACGCCUUUAUCAUCGCAGAACUCCGCAAGGACAUGCCCUCCGUCUUCGGCAAGGACAGCAAAAAGAAGGACCUCAUCAAGAACCUCGGCCAGGUGUACGAUCGGAUCCAGAAGGAGCACCAGAUCAGCCCCGGGGAUUUCCCAGACAUCAAGAAGAUGCAGGAAGUUCUGGCCAAUCAGGACUUUAGCAAGUUCCACUCGCUGAAGAUACCGCUGCUGGAGGUGGUCGACCGGAUGCUGGCCACGGACAUUGCCCGGCUGAUGAACAUGAUCCCGCAGGAGGAGAUGACCAUGGUGUCGGAGCCGCUGAUUAAGGAUGGAUUUCUAACACUGAUGCCACGUGGAGCAUUCGACGGAGUGGAAGAUGUGGUGUCACCAUUCGGCUACCGUAAGGGAGAAGGCAUCGAUGCCGGCUGUGGCGAGGUGGACUGGAUUUGCAAUCGUGAUCGUGAGCGUACCGACCCGAUUUUCGAAUCGCUGAGACCCAUAGAUGGAAAGAUUUCCGGUGCUGCGGCUAAAUCCGAACUGAUCAAGUCCAAACUGCCCAACAAUGUGCUGAGUAAAAUCUGGAAACUGUCCGAUUACGACCAGGACGGUUUCCUCGACAUCGAAGAGUUCGCCCUGGCGAUGCAUUUAAUCAACGUGAAAAUGGACGGCAACGAACUGCCGGUGUCGCUGCCAUCGCAUCUGGUGCCGCCCUCGAAGCGAAACGGUGUUGCGGAAUAAGGACGGAUGUGCAUGGAGGAUAUCUUACCAGGAUGGAAAAGUUGAGUUUUCUCCUCGCGGUGGUAUAUACCUAUUAUUGUGUAUCUUGAGAAGUGUACUUUUUCUCCUCUUCGUGGUUUUUCGCUGUUUAUUUUCCUAUUUAUCUCUAGAUCGCUUUCUUUUCCAAUCAGCCAAAUUAGACGCCAACAGCCCACGAAUCCCGCUAUAUGCGUAUAUAUAUUUUUGCCAAACUUGUAUUUGAUAGUUAGUAGAGGAAAAGCGAACAGCUUCGUGGUGCAAUACCGUGACCAACUGUAGUCUUCGGUUUCUCUUUCGUCAGAAUUUAUUUCCCAUCUUUCCAUAUCACCUUACCGAAACCGAUAAAAAUGGCACAAUAUCAUAAAAAUCAGGACGACGACAUGAAACAAAACUGGACCUUAGGACGUGCAAAUAUUUACCCCCUGAAAAUCUUGCUUUCCAAGCAAACGUUUUUCUUCUUUCGAACAACCGGUCUUCGACGGCCAUCAGCCAACAAGGUGCGAACACUUUCGGAAACUACAUGCAACACGAUUUAUUAUAGCCUAAUUUAUUUAUAAACGAAAAAAUGGAACAGAACAGUGAUAGGCGCGACGACAUACCACAAAAACAAAAAGGAACGCAUGAAUGCAAUAUGUAGGAGGAAUCCUGGAGGAUCGAUGUUUCAUUAAUAUUAUUAUUUUUUUGUUUUAUUUGUAAGAGUUUUAUUCCUCUGGUAUCAAUCGAUCCAUUUUCGCGUGCGCGAAAACAGAAAGAAUAAGCUGGAAGAUAACUAGCAUAUUGUGUAACACCGGUUUUCCCUUUGUAUGAAACAGAAACUUGAAGUAAAAGAGCAUUGUAAGCUAUAUUUUUAUAGGUAGUCGAAUAAAGAACGAAACUGUUGCAAUAGUUGUAAAGA